ACAUCCGCUCGCCAACACGCGCUUGUGGAAAGUUCGCCAAAAAGCUGGCACAGCUUAGACCGACCGAGCAACAGUCAGCGACCAAUAUCAACAAUUGAGACGGAGUGUCAGAACAGAUUUUGCCUUUGUCUUGUGUGCUUCGCUAUAUACAAAGCUCGUUAGGAGUUUGGUCCUGUUACAAAUUCGGUGUGUCUCCUGCAGCUACACCAGCACCUGCUUCCUCCAGGGGGAUUUUUGUUUUCAUCCAGUUCGCGCGACAACCUCCCAGGUGGCUAUCAGUUGCGGUCGACGCCCCGAGCGCUGCCAUGUUCUCAUUGAACCGGCCCGCGGGCCAGUCCGUCUUCGGCGGUGGAGGAACCAGCAUGUUUGGUCAAUCAAGCAAUCAGCAGCAGCUGCAGCAACAACAGCUGCAGCAACAACAACAGCAACAGCAGCAACAACCCGCGCAAGCAUUAGGCCAGCAACAGGGGACUCCCAACCCGCAGUUGGCUGGCUCAUUAUGGCAGCCCGGAAGCCUCUCGAGUUAUCAGAAGCCGAUCCCCGACCAGAUCAAACUUAUCACGGAGAAGUGGGAUCCCAGUAAUCCAAACUGCGCCUUCAAGACAUACCUCUACAACAAGGUCGAUGAGCACACCGUCCCGCUCUACGGGCCCGGGCCGAACGAGGAUCCGAAGGAAUGGGAGGAGGCGCUGCGCCAGAAGCCGGCCCCUAACUACAUCCCCGUGCUCUGCGCCGGCUUCCCGUCCAUCAUUGCGCGCCUGACGCUCCAGCGGCGGGUCAUUGUCGAGUUCAACAACAAGCUCCACGCCAUCAACGCCAGCCUCGACGCGAUCCUGUCGCGGCACGAUCUCGAGCACACGGUGCGGGCCUUCAACGCGCGGAGGCGGCAUGCCGAGCUGAGCAAACGGUGCCUCAUGCUGGCGUCGCGGGUGCAGGUGCUGCGGAAUAAAGGUUACGCGCUGAGCGGCGACGAGGAUGCGCUCAAGCAGAGGCUGCAGAAGAUCGACAAGAGCAUCCAGGACCCGGCGCUGAGCGCGCGCAUGGAGGAGCUCUGGAGCCGGCUCAUCAUUCUCAGGGGCUACGCCGACAACCUGAAGGACGAGAUCAACAAGCCCGGGUUUGCCGAGAGUGAUGGUCUGGGCGAGGAGAUUGAGGCGAAGGCGAAGAAGAUACUUGAGGAUUACGACAAGCAGCUUCAGCAUCUCAAAAAGCAGGUGGAGGAGGCCAGGAAGGAUUUCGAGGAUUGGGAGAAGCAGCAUAAUCCGGCACCGGCACCCAAGGCGACGGCCGCAGCACAGUAACGGAGGCCCAGCCCUAUUUAACGUCCCAGCGCUCUAGGAUGAUACCCAGAAGGAGUCUGAUUAAUAAUGUUAUGUGACCUAUUUGCCGUGCCACGGGAGGGGAAUUGUGGGUGUAGUCAUCUUGUUGUAUAACUCCGGAUAUCAGUGCGGAAGGGGGUUCGAAAACAAGCCGGCAAGCCACUGCAGCCAUGCCGGCCUCCGUCGAGA